AUGAAAACUAGGUUUUAUGAUAUUAUUUAUUUCAAUAGAAAUAUUAAUUUUAAAUAUAAAUUUAAUUAUUAAUCAUGCUAUACCACACAAUAAAUCAAUCUAAAGUAUCUUCAUAAAUUUUCUUUCUUACUUGCUAUUUAAAUUUUUACACUAUUUGUUUUGUUUUAUAAAGUAUUUUUAAAGUUAUAAUUUUUAUAUAUUUUUAUUAGUCCAGUAAACAUAUAAUUGAGCUUGUAUGUAUAGUUUCAAAAACUAAGUAUAAAAAAUAUUUAAUUAAUUAAAUUAAUUAUGAAGCUAUUGUAAAAGAGUGAAAAAGUGUUGAAAGCUAUUAUUAAAACUGUUUGUAUAAAACACAUUUUAAUUAAAGAUUGCUAACUAAGAAAUUGGAAUUCUAAUUUUUAAUGUAUCAAAGUAAAUAAAAAAUAAAAUAAUUAGAUUGAUUAAUAAUAAUGUCAGCUUAUAUAACUAUUAUCUUAGUUAUAGAGAAUACUUCUGAAAUGUUCAAAACUAAACAUUUUGUCAAAAAGUUUUAGGUAAAUAUUAAGAACAUAAAUAUAUAAUUUAAGUUAAUAAUCGAAUUCAAUUUAUCAAGUUUAAUGUGAAAACAGAAGCCAAUUAAUUAAUUACUUUUAAUUGAAAACAAAAAGUUUAAUUAAUUUAUUAAAGAUUUAUAGAAAUUUUGAAUAAUACUAGAAGUAUAUAAAAAUAGCAAGCAGACAAUAUUAAAUGGAUUUAAAAAUGAAUAGCGAGAUAUUAUUUACAUCUCCUAAGAACGUUACUUAGAUUUUCCCUGAGGAAACAAUUGGAGAUAAUGAUGAAAAAGAUAUGCUUAAACCCAAAUAGAAUAAAAAGUUUUUAAAACUACCUUCCAAGAAGGAAAAUUAGUAUUUUAAAUCCAACAAAUUUUUAAAUUCAUCCAAAGAUCAAAAGAGACUUUCAGGGACUAUAUUAUAAGAUUAAAUAAGCCAAUAAACAAAUUCUGUCAAAGAAAAGAAGUUUGUAAAGCAAAACACAUCAAUUGUGCCUCAAGAAUAAUUUGCAUCAGAAAAUAAUAAAAAUGAUAAAAUUGAAACACUUGAAGAUUUAGAUAAAGAUCUAAUUUCACCUACCCCUGAUACUAAUCAAAAAAUAAUAAUAGGGAAUGCCUUAAGAAGAUAAAAAUAAGAUUAAAAAAAGGAUUCUCCUAUGCAUUUAGAUCCCUUUAUGAUUAAUUCUCCUAAGCCAAGGAACUCAGUAGCAAGUAUGAAUAGUGGCGAAAGAACAAGGAGAAGAAUUAGUAAUUUCUAAAAAAGUUUAUUUUAAAAAAGAGUAAAGCAUGAAGAUGAGUUUGGAGGUGGACCUAAUGGAUUAAACGACAAAAAUUAUGAAGAAGAUAAGUUAUUUACAACUUAAAUAGCAGCUACAGAGUUGAAUAAUAAAGUAUCUUAAAAUAUUCCCCCUUAAAUAAGUGGAGAAAUUGAAAUGGAUAGCCAUAUAUCUAGUGUACUUCAAAAGGGUAGAAUAUUUAGCAACUAAAGAAGAACUACUGAGAUAAUGAAUUCAAAUUAUGUUAGCCAAUCUAAAAAGUCUUCUUCUUCAACAAAAAGGAAGUGGAACUUUGUAAAAAAGCUUGGUUUAGUUAGGAAAUUUGUUGAAAAAUUAUAAGCAUAAAGCAGUGUUUAUUUGUUCUCCAGAUUAACUAAAUAGCAUAUAACUAUGGUUAGUGAUAAAGCAUAUAUUUUGAAAGAUGAAGAAAAUGUAAGCUUUUUCUCUCUGUUUAUAAGAGCCUUUGCUUCUUAUUUUAAAAAUUAAUCAUGGCUAGAACCAUUGUCUUAAGAAAGCGGGAUACUUAUUUAUUUGAAUUUAUUCUUUUUAUGCGCCUAUACUUUCUUAAUUUAUUGUACGCCCCUCUAUGUAGUUUUUGAGUUUGAUAAUGAAUAAGAAGAACUACUGCUGGGUAGAGUUAUCCCUUUAUCAGUGCAUUUUUUUGAUAUAUUUAUAAAAUGCAAUACAUCCUAUUAUAAGCAAGGUAAUGUAGUUACUGAUAGAAAAAGAAUCUUAAAAAAUUACUUCAAAAAAAACUCCAUUUAUGACAUCCUAAUAAUAAUAGCAUUUAGUUAUACAUAAAAGCCUAGUGUAUUACAUUUACUCAUUCUUCUUAAACUGAGAGAGCUCUUUGUUAUAGAAGAAGUUAUCCAUUAGAAAUUUUUUAUCUCCUAAAACAUACAACCAUCAUAUACCCUCAUUAAAUUAAUUUAUAUAGAUUUAUUCUUAGCUCAUUUAUUUAGCUGUGGAUUUCUUUAUGUCGCCUUUAAUGGGCCGAGUGGCUCGUAAGAUUGGAUUACCUAAAAUCAGCUUGAUUAAUCAAACUGGAUUGUAUAAUAUAUUAAUUCCCUCUAUUUUAGUAUAAUAACGAUGACAACAGUAGGAUUUGGAGAUAUUCAUCCAUAUAACUAUUUAGAGAAGGUAUAUGUUUCUAUUGUUACUAUGAUAUCAAGUGGUAUAUUUGGGUAUACAUUAAGUGUUAUAGGAGGUAUUAUGCAUGAGAAAUUCUAAAAAGAAGCUGAGUUUAAGAGGAAGAGAUAUGAUUUGAAUCACUAUAUGUCAAUGAGAUCUAUAACAAAAUCUUUAUAAAUGAAGGCUUUGAAAUAUCUAGAUUAUGUUAAAAACAAAGAAGAUUAAUAACCUCUUAGAGGUUAAGAUAUUGUAUACAAUUUAUCAGAAGAAUUGUAGAGAUAAAUCAAGAGGGAUUUUUAUGGGACUAUACUGAAUUAGUAUAAAAUAUUGAACUUCAAUUUUACUCCUUAAUGCUUAGCAGAUUUAGCUCUUAGAAUGUAAGAAUGUUACUACGGGCCCGGAGAAAUAAUUUAUUCUCAAAAUAAUUUGGAUGAUAGAAUAUUUUUUGUAGCGAAGGGGAGAGUUGAGCUUUUCAUAGAAACAAGCCAGAAAUAAUAUAUUUAUGAAAUUAUUUAAAAAGGACAAGCAUUCGGGAAAGAUUAGUUUUUUGGCUAACCUUUACUGACAUAGUCUGCAAAAAGCGUUUCUUUCACGUUGAUUGUAUUUUGCUCUCAAAUUGACUUUAAGGAAGUUUUAAUGAACUACCCUGAAGAUUAUGAAAAAUUUUGCAUGAUGAGAGAUAAUCUAACAAUAAAUUCUAAAGCAUUUUAAACUUCUUGUACAGUUUGUAAUAAAUUAUAUCAUACAAUAUCAACAUGCCCAUUAAUGCAUCACAUAAGAAAGAAAGAAUUUAUUGUGCAUAGAUACAUACACUCAGAGCCCGUGGAAAGGGCUUUUAAGGAAAGGAGAAAGUAUGAUAAAUUUAAUUCUUUGAAAGAAAUCAAAUUAGUGAGAAGAGAUUUAAAAAAAAUCAGGCAUUUCAUGAUUAAAUAAGCUAAAGAAAAAAAAUUAAACCAUAAAAUAAACAAUUAAGGUUCUUCUACUUCAUCUUCAUCUUCUUCUUUACUUUCAUCUUAUGAUUCUGAAGAAGAUAAAUUUAAAAAACCUAGAAAUAUGGGUAAUUCUUACGAAAAAGAUGAUAGAUAAUUUUACUUGAAAACUGCAAAAAUUAAACUUGUAGAUGGUUCAGUUUAAUUAGAUUCUGCCUACUCUGAUUUUCUUUCUGAUAGCAUAUCACUUUCUGAGUACAAUAAUUAUUUUUUGAAUCUAGAGCCAAAUGAUCAAAUCAUUAAAAUAAAUGGUGUAGAAACUAUUUAAGAAGAAAAAUCUUAAUAGUAUAAUGAUGAUGAGUAGUCAUAUUACAAUAUUAAUAGAAGGAGAAGUAAUAUAAAUUUUUUGCAAUUGCCUUAAAGCUAUCGAGAAAAUAAUUUUUACUCUGAUAUAAAUACUUAAGUUUUAAAUUUAGAUGAAAAAAUAAAAAUCCCGUUAGUGAAAAUAGGUAGUAAUGAAAAUGUAGAAAACAACAAUAAUAAUAAGAUAAAUGAAAAUACUUAAAUAGGAUCUAAUAAAGCUGCAAUUGGAACUAAUCCGAAUUUCGAUACUCCAAUGAAUCAAGAUAAAGUAGAAUUAUAGGAAUAGCAAUUCAAAGAAUUUUCAAAGAAAGAUACUCUUGCUCACCUACAAAACUAGGAAGAAGAGGAUAAAAAAAUAUUUAGAUAAGAAACUCAUAAAGAACCUUUGUAAAAUAACAAUAAUGAUGAUGGAGAAAGCAUAAAACAAAUGAAGCACUUCAACAAAUAAUUGAGUGUUAAAAAUGUGAAUAACCCAUCAAAAUUUUAUAGGAAAGAGUUUAGCUUAAGAUAGUUAAAUGGACAAUAAGUGCCUUUUUCAACUUUGUAAUAAAAUAGCAUUUAAUAGUCUUCCUAAUUUUCUCUACCUUCUAUAAAUGAUGUUCAAUCUAGUCCUAAGCAAAUUAACAAUGCAGAUAGUUCAAAAACUUUUUCGCCUCAGAGCAAGUUAAACAAUACUAAAAGUUUCUUUACUAGUAGGCCAAUCACUUCUAAACAACAAAUACCUUAUAAUAGUAGCAACAAUUAAAUUGCUCAGGUUCCAUCGAUUCCUAUUUUAGGUACAGGAGGAAGUGGAAGCGGAAGUGGAGAGACUUUUAAUUAAAUAUAGUCUAGUAAAAACCCUACAUUUUACUCAAAUUAAACAACAAAUACAGGACCAAUGUCUCAAUAGCAAAGUUUUAAUCCUAGUGUUAAUGGAUCAACUCUUUUUGGACCUUACAAUUUCCGCAAACCUUUUCUUGAUAAGCCAGCAAGAGUUUAAAUGAAAAAAGCUUCUAUAAUGAAUGAUUUUUAUUCUAGCUAUUAAUCUGAAUUUGAAAAUUAAACUUAACCAUCAAACAAAUUUCCAAUAAAUACCCUUAUAAACCCAUAGAUUGCUCAAAUUUAGGCCUAGCAACAAAGAAGAGAUUCAUACUUAAGUAAUAAUUUUAAUAACACAACUUACUUAAACUCUUCAAGAAGGGGUACUGUUGGAAUCUUUUCAAUGAAUCCAAAUAUAACUCUACAUAUGAAUAAGAUAUAGUCUGAUAUUCCAAACGCCAACAAUAAUGUAAUUGAUCCUUCACCAAAUAGUUAAGUAUAAAAAAUUAAAAACAUACCAAUUUACAGUCCUAAAAAUAGUGGAAGUGGGUAAUUUUUAGGAAAUACUCUAUUGAUACCAGGGACUCCUAUUUCGUAAAUACAUCGAUAAUCCUUAAAGUAAGAUAUAUCUUUACUAAUUAAAAACAUAUCUCCAACACAUGCUCAAAGCAGUCCACAGCAAUCUAACAUCCCGAGAGUAGGUUCUUAUUCUUAUGAAAAUAAUAUAAUCAACUCAGAUAUCAUAUUUAUACCAUUAGAAUUGGAUGCUUUAAGGGAGUAUAAAAAGUAUUUCCCUGAGGGAAACUUUAGUAUUAUAUUUAAAGAAAAAAUAAAGAUUAUGAAACUGCUAAGUAGGAAAUUUUCUAAUCAAACUAAAGAUAAUCCAAACCUGAAAAAAAUGAUUUAAAAAAAGCUUUCUAAACUUAAUUCUAUUUCUCAAAAAAGAUCAUUUUUAAAACAAAAUUCUAAAUUUUCUGGACAGAGCUUUCAGCAUAAUUUAAAUGUCCCAGAAAUUCCAAGGAUGAGAAGUGUAAAUUUAACUCCUAAUGUAAGUAUAAAUGGACAUAAAUGA